GGCGGGCGGCGGCAUGCCAGAGAUUUGCCGUGCCGGCCGGCCCCUCCGCCGCCCGCCAUGCGGCGGCUCCCGCUGCCGCUGCCGCUGCUGCUGGCCGGCUUGGGGCUGGGGCUGGGGGGGGACCCGGAGCCCGGAGGCCCCUCGGGAGCGCAGUGCCUGGAGCACGAUUGCUUCGGGGUGUUCUGGUCGGCGCUGCCGUUCGCGGAGGCCGGCGCGGAGUGCCAGCGGGGCGGCGGGCACCUCAUGACCGUCCGGUCCACCGUGGCGGAGGACGCGAUCGCUUUGCUGCUGCAGAACCGGAGCGGGAAUCUGUGGCUGGGGCUGCGCCUCGGGCUGCCCUGCACCGAACCGACCCAGCGCCUCCGCGGCUUCCAGUGGGUGACCGGCGACCGCAGCACCGAUUACUCCAACUGGGCGCCGUCGGGGCGGCAGUGCGGGGAGUUCUGCGUGACCGUGUCCAAGGAGCUGCGCUGGGAGGAGCGGCCCUGCGAGGCUCCGGCCGACGGCUUCCUCUGCGAGUACAACUACUGGAGGAGCUGCCCGCGGCUGCCGCCCGCCGACGGGCUCCCCGUCGCGUACGCUACCCCGUUCGGGGCCAGCGGCGGCGACUUCCUGGCUCUGCCGCCCGGCAGCGCGGCCGUCAUCGCGGCCUUGGGGCUGGAGCUGCACUGCGAGGAGGACGGGGAGAGCGGGAGGCUGCGCUGGGGCCGCCCGGAGCUGGGGCCCUGGUCCUGCCGCUUGGACAACGGGGGCUGCGACGGGGCGUGCGAGGAGGACAGCGGGCAGGCGCGGUGCUCCUGCCCCGAGGGCAAGGUGCUGAGCAGCAACGAGCGCGGGUGCCGCUCGCCCUGCGCCGGAGCCCCCUGCCAGCACCACUGCGUGGUGGCCGGCUCCGACUUCGUCUGCAUGUGCGAGGCCGGGUACCGCUUGGCCGCCGACGGCAGCAGCUGCGAGGACGACGACGAUUGCGCCAUGGUGCCCAGCGUGUGCGAGCAGGUCUGUGUCAACACCGAGGGCGGCUUCGAGUGCCACUGCCACCGCGGGUACGCGAUGGUGGACGGGCACUGCCAGGCGCUGCCCAUGUCCCGCUGCUACAAAGCGCCCUGCGAGCAGCAGUGCGAGGAGGUGCCCGACGGAUACCGCUGCAGCUGCUUCCCCGGCUACGCCGUUGACCCCCGGGUGCCCACCCACUGCGUCCUGCACUGCAACCACAGCCAGUGCCCGGCCAAGUGCGACCCUUACACCCUGUCCUGUGAGUGCCCCGAGGGCUUCGUGCUGGACAACGCCGACGACAGGCAGGUCUGCAUGGACAUCGAUGAGUGCGACAUGAACUUCUGCCAGCACAACUGCACCAACUACCUCGGCGGCUUCGAGUGCCACUGCCCCGCCGGCUACCGGCUCGUGGACCAGAUUGACUGCGUCGAGAUCCUGGGGGAGGAUGGGGAAGGAGCCUACUCAGGGGAUUUCGGGCCCGGACCCCAGCUGCCCGUCCCCACCCGGACCCCACUGAAUGCAGUGCACCUUCACCCCGGUGCCCUGGUGGGUAUCACUUUGGGUGUCCUCUCCGCAGUGCUGGCUCUGCUGGCCCUGGCCUACCAUCUGGUGAGGAGGUGCUGCAGGGCCCCCGCCACCAUGGAUUACAAGUGCAAUUGUCCCCACGAAAAGGAGAUGGGAUUGUACCCGGUCCCCUCGGGGUGUGCAGCAGCCAGCCAGAAGCUGUAGGGAGCCCUGGCAGGACAGGCAGAGGGAGGUGGACGGAACUGGGUAACAUUCACUCUCCUCAUCCCCUGCAGCCUUUGAAUGAUAAAAAGAGUUU